CACCCAAUCGCAGGCAACUUUUGACCCUUAGACUCGCUGGUGCCGGCAACUAAACAAGGGUCAAAAGGCAUAGGGACUGUAGAUGAGCACAAGAUUAAUCAUCUCCUUAGGCAACAGUAACAAUUUGAAUGGCUCUGAUGAAUUAUAUUUCAUUAUAAACUCUGCAUAAACCUAGCACAUUAUUAGCUCCAACAUGUUUAUUGUGUGGAUGAUUUUCCUGUUUUUUACCUUUCGAGAAGGACACGGCUAUCAAUAUGAGACAAAGUACUUUACCGUUCCUGUGGACCAUUUUAGCUUUGCUUUAAACGCUACUUUUAAAAUGCGAUACCUGGUGAACAACACUCAUUGGAAUCAAGAAUCAGGACCUAUUUUAUUCUACACUGGAAACGAGGGUGACAUUAAGAUGUUUGCGGAAAAUACAGGCUUUAUGUGGGAGUUGGCUGAGCAAUUGAAGGCCAGUGUUGUUUUUGCUGAGCACCGAUAUUAUGGAGAGUCUCUUCCUUUUGGAAACAAAUCUUUUUCGAGUGAGGAAAACUUGGGAUAUCUGACGGCUCACCAGGCGCUUGAAGAUUACGUCGAUCUGAUAACCAACUUGAGAGGCGCGAAAGACAUCCCUGUCAUCUCGUUCGGAGGGUCGUACGGUGGAAUGCUGACUGCCUGGUUUAGAAUGAAAUAUCCCCAUAUUGUUCAAGGGGCCAUUGCCGCAUCAGCGCCAAUUCUGGAGUUCGAAGGAAUGAACAAGUGCUCAGCCUUCUACAGGAUUGUCUCCUCCGAUUUCCGUUCUGCGUCCGACGAGUGCGCUGACAGUGUUCGAAACUCUUGGGGAGCAAUUGAUCAGCUUGCCAAAUCUGCGGAUGGCCUGGCCUGGCUUUCAAAGGCCUGGAGCACUUGCAAGCCCCUCACCAAAGCGUCCGAUAUUACCGACCUCAAGGACUGGCUCGUAGAUGUCUACACCAAUUUGGCCAUGACUGACUACCCCUACCCAACUAGCUUCCUGAUGCCUCUCCCAGCUAAUCCAAUCUUGGAAGUUUGCCAAUACCUACGAGACCCAAAACUUGGCGCCAAAGAAUUGCUGGGACAAAUUUUCAAAGGUGUUAGCGUCUACUUCAACUACACAGGAAAAGCAAAGUGCCUUGAUGUGGAGUCAGCGGACGGAGCCCUUGGCGACCAGGGCUGGGAUUUCCAGGCUUGCACUGAAAUGGUAAUGCCUGUGUGCUCUGAUGGGGUCAACGACAUGUUUGAAGCCAAACCCUGGGAUCUGAACAAGUACUCCGCUGACUGUACCAAGAAGUUUGCUUGGGUCAAACCACAGCCCGAUUUAGUGGCCAAGAGAUACGGAGGACGAGAAAUGGCCAAGCUCUCUUCCAAUAUCAUUUUUAGCAAUGGAUUGCGUGACCCAUGGACAAGUGGCGGAGUUGUGGAGAGCCUGGCCCCAACUGUUCUGUCCAUCAUCAUCCCAGAAGGAGCUCACCACCUUGACCUGCGAGCUUCCAACGUUGCUGACCCUGACUCUGUAAAGAACGCCAGAAAUCUUUACAAGAAGCAUAUCCGUAACUGGAUUAGGCAAUAUAAGGAAAAGUAAAACUGCAACAGAAAAUGGUGUUUAUAUAAUAUUGCAGCACUUAGCUUAUAACAAAGCUUUAAAACUGAUUUGAAUCUGUUGCAAAUUAAAUAUUUAUCAAAAAUAAUAAUCGUACCAUAACAAAUAGUUGUAAAAAUAUGGUGAACAGUAAAUAAAAUAAUGGCAAUUUUUUUAGAAAAG